CAUUGUAUCCAAACAGGCUGCCAUGAUUCAUUGCUAGACCGGAACUGUAUAAAAAUGUGUUAAUGACGGAAACUCGGCACUAACCCGAGCUCCAACCAACCAAUUUAAAGCCCCGAUUCGGGGGCUACUACCCGCCACUCUCAACAUUGACAACUAACACCGAGUACAUUAUUCCAAAUACUUAUCUAGACAAUCUUCCAAUGUGAUUCCAUGGAUAAUAAGCCACCAAUCCGACAAAGACUCGAUGGCGGAUGAGGAUCUUCUGCGCCGGAUCCACGAGCUGGAGGACCUAGACCUAGCAGCGCUCCUCUGCCUCAUCAGCCGCGAGCACUGCAUCGUCAGCACCGAGCCCGCCGAACUGGAUGACCUGGUCGAGGAGCUACGACUCGUCGCCUCGCAGACAUUCCACCUGUCCUCCACCGUCGUAGAUUGCACUCCCUACACCACUCUCGACGACCUCGCCGCCUCCAUCCAACUGCAUCCGCCCGCGCCUCCUCCACCACCUACGCCAAAGCCGCAGCAGCAACUCCGCACCCCGACUCCGCGAACGCCCUCCGCAUCGCCCCUCCGGCGUCGCGGCACCGAGUCCUCGUACUUUCGCGGGAGUCCCGUAGUCGGGAACACCACGACCGGUCCUAGCACCACCGGCAUCCCUAGCACACCAAGUCACAGCCACGGCCACGGCCACCAGUAUUCUUCAGCAGCUCCCCAUCCUCACCCGCCGCCACAGAUCGCGAACGUGAUCCUAGCGAAGAACCUCGACCGCGCGCCGAAGGACGUGCAGAUCCAAUGUCUGGAGCUGCUCCGCACGCGGCGGAUCCUGACGCGCACGAGCGUGCAGACGGCGCCUAAGCAGUUCCUGUUCGUCGCCGUGUUGGAGUCGGGCGGUGCCGCGCGCCUGGUCCCGCAUCUGAACGACUUGUUUUACGUCUCGCACUGGCACGAUCCGGAGGAUGGGUUCGCGCACUUGGAAGAGGAGGAGGCACAGGAGCGGUAUAGAAGCGGAGGUGGAGGUGGAGAUAGGGGUAAUGAUGAUAACGAAGGAGACAGGAGAGGCGCCGAAACAGAUAGCAGCGCAUCGGCCUCCAGCGUCGUCGUCCGGCGCAGCGUCAUCACCGACCCGCAGACGCCUAGCACACCGCGCGUGAGCCGCACCCGCAGUACGCACACCAACCCGCAUCCACAAAAAGGCGACCAAGCAUCCACAUACAGCGCCUCAAUAACCAGCUCUCGGGCCCCUUUCCCGAGUCUCGCCGACGCCGACAUAGCCUCGCUCGCCCUGCUCUCGCGCAACGUGAACAUGUCCGUCGAGGUGCUGCGGUACCUCAUGAACAUCGUCUCCUUCCUGCGCAUGCACCGCGCCGUGGCCCCGGGAGGCGGCGGCGUGACGCCGCAGGCCACGAAGCACUUCGAGGCCCUGGCCAAGAGCCUCGCCGCGCUGCACGGAUUGGACUACGUGACGCCGUCGCUGGUGGGACUCGCGGCGAAGAAGACGUACGCGCACCGCGUACGGAUCGCGGCGCCGGCGGAGGAGAGGAGUUUGCAGUGGGGGAGUGAAUUAGGCGCCGUGGAGGCGUUGCUUGAGGGUGUGGAUGCGGAGUAUGUUAUUGAGGAUGUGUUGGGGAUGGUGGAGGCGCCGUUGUGAUGUUGAUACCCCGGGUUAUAUAUAUAUAUAUAUUAGAACGAGAAGUACCAUAUCGAUUUAAGAGUCUAGUAAUGAUAAUCAAGUCGAGCAUUUCGAGC